GUUCUUGCCAACUAUCGUUCAAGACGAGACAGGUCAUCGCUACUACUACUAGCAGUGAAGCACACCAACACUCUUGUCGAACAAUACCCGGCAUUCCCUCGUCAUGUCGAGCUAACCUCCGCUGCUGAGAGUCCGAUAGCGAUUCGAUCGCUAGCUAUGUACACGGACAGGAUAAAAAGCAGCCAGUCUCCAGACAUAGCACUCAUCUGGCCCUUGCCAGAGAUUAUACCUUCUAUCUCGUCUGCAUCCACGCCGCCGUCUCCUCGGCCAAUCCUCCCGGGUGUCAAAUCUGGCUCGCCUGCCUCACCGGAACUCAAGAGGAACAGGACGUCGAGUUAUACGUCGCAACCACGACCUGGCCAUAGUCAAGGUCGAAGCCAGGACCCACUCUACCAGCAUUUACAACCACUUCCGACCAUACCAGGGUCGCCCAGUGUCUCCUUGUCGCAAGCCUCGGUCUUUCAGCACAUCGCUAGCGAGAUCCCAUCCCUUUGCACCGAGAACGGAGCGCCGCCCACGAACGCUUCUCUCAUGCGGGAAGAGACGUACUACUUUCCAGAGACCUUGUCCCAGAUCGAAUUCGUACCCAGUCAGCCGAUCACCUUUGAAGCGGCGUUCUCUCAACAGAUGAAAGAACCACGAGCUGGUCCAUCUUUUCCAUCCUCUGCCUCGUCAUCGAAGAGGUUGGAACAGAUCGCUCUGAGCGAUUUUUCGAUCUUGAGCGAGACGGGUAUGGUCAUGGGGACUACCCCUACACAAGCCAGUAGCAAUGUCGGUGAAGUAUGGACACAGAAGAACGAUCAAAGGAGUCAGACUCGCAUCCGGUCCUCGCCAUCGCGUAGCCCGGCCCAGACUCGGGAGGCACCAGUCUCUCCGUCACGGCCGAUCCUGGCUGCAAAGCAUCUCAACUCUCCCUCCCGACCCACUACCGUUCCCGCCAACUCUGGUCUACCUACUCCGCCUUUCACAGACGCUCGCAAGUCAAAGCCAUCUCGGAUCAAUCGGCGUGAUCACGACUCUGCUGGUGAUGCCAAGGACGACGAGCUGGAGGAGGAGCUCAGGGACUUGAAACGCUGUACGAGCAAGUACGGGAUCUUGUCCCCGCCGAGCAGUUCCAAUACUGGCGGUCAUAGUGAGCGCGACGAGGCGAAGACCGAUUUCGUCGAUCCCUUCAGCGCCGAGUUCGAUGAGAUGGAGGUCGAGGUCGAUUCGGACGACGACGACCGGGGAGUCCAAAGGUUUCAAGCAGGGGUUCCCGUCACUCACGCCAAGAGCAAAGAGGCCCGGAUGGAUGCAUUAGCGAGAUUGAAGAAUAAGCGAAACCGGCUAGAUAUCGCUCCCGUCUCGCCUGUUCCACGGGCCAAACGACGCGAUUCCAUCGCUGUCGAAGAGCCGCCUCGUAGCGUGUUGUCCUCGGAUGACGAAGUAGCGAGGACAAACGACUCGAUAUCUCCGACAAGGUUACCCCUGGUCAGACCGAAGAAGCGGCGAAAGAUAGCUGGGAGUAGUCAGAUGACUGAGCCAGAAGAAGCUCAUGGGCUGAGGGUGGAAGGCAAGGAUGCGAGAUCAUCCGGAGCUGGACGGUCCCAGAACGAAUGCUCGCUUGCACAGAGCGAGAGUAUAGGGGCCCAGGCCGAAGAUACCGGUAUGCUUGACCCCGAGCAGGAUGGUUCAAUCUCGGGCAGUCCUGGUCUACCGAACACGAGGUUGAGCCCAGCUCGGAGAAGCACUAUCGAAGGGGAAGAGCAAGAUCGACUUGUGAGAGACGUUGAUGAUCAAGGCGAGGUUCGGCCUGAUUUUCACUCGCACCAGGUUGCAGAGGGAUCUCUACCUGCCCCGGCGGUUGCUCGCAGCUCGACCGCAGAGGAUCUGGCGAGAAUGUUCGAUGACGAUGGUGUGGAAGAUGAGGAUGAGAAUGGAUCGAUCGAGGAACCGGAUGUCAAGGUCAAGAGCGAGAAAGCCCUUGGUAAACGCCCGCAACGCGAUCUGGCGUCCAUGGUCGAUGACAAUGCCGAGGACGACGACAUGCAGGCCUUUCCCGGAAACAACUUUGUGGAUCUUACGGAAGAUGACGUGGGGGACGAGUAUGAACCGGACAAGUACGAGCUCACGCAGGAGCCCACGGCGGAGGACGACGAUGACGAUCUCGAUCCUGGACUCGGUCUCGGUGAUAUAGACGACUUUGACGCGUUUGACUGGGACCCUUCACAGCCCCUGCGUGAGGCAUCACCCGAGGUGGACGUGACCACCGAUGGUACCGCUCAGCACCAGGAAAGACAGCCCAAGGAAACGAGAGAACCCUUGAUCAACCCGUUGAGGACGAUCUCUUCAUUGCCGGAAAAGUUGAAACAAUUCUACCUGACCCACUGGUGUCGGACGAGCACGAGAAAGGCGGGCGAGCUCGUCGGACCCGAAGCUCAGUUGGCAAACGAUCGAAUCGUUCAGGCCGAAGUGGCCGCCGCGGUGGACAAGCGGAUGAGAGGCAAGACGUGGGAGAAUACGGCGUUGAACAGGACGGGAAAAUCGACAAGCGGAACGGCGGCGGGCGCGAGAGGAGGCAGGGGUGGUGGGAGGGGUGGUGCACGGGGAGCUGCGAGAGGCAAGGCUUUCUUUAUUCAGAGAGCCAUGCGAGCGAGGAGGGGAAGGGGUAAAUAGCAGUCGUUGUGGCCUAGCACCUUUGUUAGCCAGACGGUCUUGUGGAUUUUGAUCGCGGUUUUACCCAAUCGGCUUGUCAUCGAUAUAACAAUAUAUCGCUCGAGCGAUUGAUGAAUCAAGACUGUCAGGCUGCAGGAUAACGCAUCUCGACGUCUGCAAGUACAUGCGUGUGU